AUGGCCGAGUCCACGAACGAAGCUGUAGUCAUUGUUUCCCUGACCUCGCUCCGUUCGAGCGUCAGGAAGUUCCAGGUCGAGAAUGGACGGACCUACCACGGUCUUAGUUCUGGCAAAUAUGCUUAUCCGAACGACGAUGCCGAGAAUGACCGACUUGGCGAGAAGUACCUCCAACAUUACAUUUGGGUCUUGACGCUGGACGGCGCGCUCUGCCUUUCCCCCAAGGGCGAGAAAGGCGCUAAAAGGGCCCUGGACGUCGGCACCGGCACCGGCAUCUGGGCUAUUGAAUAUGCUGACUUGCAUCCCGAGUCAACGGUCAUCGGCGUUGAUCUGAGCCCCAUCCAGCCUUCGAUGGUCCCGCCCAACUGCGCCUUCGAAGCCGACGACCUCGAGAAGGAAUGGACCUGGUCGGAGCCCUUUGAUUUCAUCAUCAGCCGCGUCAUGACUGGUAGCUUCACCGACUACGAAGCCUUCAUCAAUAAGGCAUACAACUCCCUUGAGCCCGGCGGUCACUUUGAGAUGCAGGACAUGCGGCUCCCCUACGAGAGCGACGACGGCACCCUCAAGAAGGACUCGUAUGUCAACCAACUGGGCCAGAACUUCGUCAAGGCCAGCGAGGCCCUAGGCAGACCCCUCACCGUCGCGUCCACGUACAAGUCGCUUAUGGAGAAGGCGGGCUUCAAGAAUGUCACCGAGCGUAAGUACAAGUGGCCGCUCAACGCCUGGGCCAAGGACCCAUACUACAAGGAGAUCGGCAAGUGGAACCUCGCAAACAUCGACGAUGGCAUGGAGGAUUCAUGGCCGCGCAUGCCAGCUGCUUCAGGUACUGGGGAGGAGGUAGAAUCCAUGCUCAGUCCAAGCCGCUAG